AUGGCAUCAGCAGCAGCAGCAGUAGCGGGGCCCUCGCGCCUGCCCCCGCCCUCGACGUCGGGCGACUCGGAGAGCACCGCGGUGCACGCCCACGCCCACCGCGCCGGGCCAGACGUCGGCGUCCUGCGCGAGCUGGGCAAGCAGGCCCUCGUUGAGGCGCUGAAUGAUAUACAGGGCACCAAGACACUCGUGCUGGACCCCGCGCUCGCGGGGCCUCUGGGCCUCGUCAUCGACGUCGCGAGUCUCAAGCACCAUGGCGUCGACAAAAUGUUCUGGCUCGAACCCGGCCUCCUCACCGUCAACACGCGCAACGUCAUCUGGCUGUGCCGGCCCAAGCGGGCGCACAUGCGCGUCAUCGCCGAGCAGGUGCGCGCCGCCCCGGGGCUGCAGUACACUGCGCUGCUGGUGCCGCGGGCGACCGAGCUGUGCCGCCGCGUGCUCGAGGACGAGGGGGUUGCGGGGGACAUUACCGUGUCGGAGGUGAGGCAGGGGUUCGAGAUGGCGCUGACGCUACAGUUCAAACUCGAGCUCAUCCCGAUCGAGGACGAUGUGCUGUCCAUGGAGCUGGAGGAUGUGUCGCGGGACGUGUUCCUUGUAGGUCACCACAUUCUCAGGUCCUACCUACUUACACCUCAGCGUGGAGACGAGACGCCCAUCUACUACGCCGCCCUGGCGCUCAACACACUCCAGAGAGCCUUUGGUACCAUUCCUCGGGUCAUCGCCAAGGGCGAUGCGGCCAAGAAACUCGCCACGUUGAUGGAGCAGCAACGGCCCGACGUCGACCCGUCCACCGACAUCGACAGCAUCAUCAUUCUCGACCGUGCCGUCGACUGGGUCAGCCCGAUGUGCACCCAGUUGACGUACGAGGGCAUGCUCGAUGAGUUUAUCGGCAUCAGUCAUGCACACAUCGAGGUGGAGCCAAACCUCCUGGACCCUAACGCCGCGCCAGGCAGCAAGAAGCGCAAGCAGCACCUCGCGGCAAGCGACAAGCUCUUCCACGAUAUCCGGGACUUGAACUUUGCUGUUGUUGGCGCUCGCCUGUCCAAACUCGCACGACGGCUCGAGGGCGACUUUGCUGGUGCCAAGAAGCUGGAGAGCGUGUCCCAGAUGAAGGACUUCACCGGCAAGCUGGGCUCACUCAAGGCCGAGCAGCAGAGCCUGCGAUUGCAUACCGCCCUUACCGAGCGCCUCAUGCCCGUCACCCAGACGCCAGAUUUCAACAAGGCCCUCGAGGCUCAGCAGAACCUAGUGGCAGGGUACGACCCGCUCGCGCAGCUCGCCAUUAUCGAGGACCUCUUGUUGCAGCAGGCACCUCUUUCCUACGUUCUUCGCUCCGCCGUACUCCUCAGCCUGACAUCGGGUGGCAUCAAGCCCAAGUCGCUGGAAACGUUCAAGCGCGACUUCCUCCAGACCUACGGUUAUCACCACCUGCCUCUCCUCGUUGCUCUGCAGGACCUCGGUCUGUUGGUCAAGGCGCCAGCCCCAACACCGUUCGCGGCUGCGCGCAAGCCGUUCCGCCUUGUUGUCGACGAUGUGGACGACUCGCACCCGGACGACAUCUCGUACGUCUACUCUGGCUACGCCCCACUUUCGAUUCGUCUCGUACAGGCCGCGGCGCAGCGUUCCGCGCUCACAGGCGACGCCAAGGGCGACAUUGUGCGCUCAGAGGGCAAGCGGCCGCCGACGGGCUUCAAGGGACUCGAGGCCGCCGUCGCGGCCAUCCCCGGCGCCGUGGUCGACAGCAACGAGUCGACACCCCACCGCCAGCCGCGCUCAGAAUCGCGCCGCACGACACUCGUCUUCUUCCUGGGCGGGUGCACGUACACUGAGAUUGCCGCCCUGCGGUUCAUGAGCAAGCAGCACGGACGGCGGUUCAUGGUCGCGACGACGGGCAUGAUCAACGGCACGACACUGUUGAACUCGUUUGGCGACGCCGAGCCUGUCCCACUUCAGCGGAGGUAGUAAAGCAGGACUAAUAAUGCAU